CCAUAAUAUGCUUUGAAAAAAGCUGAUGUGACGUAACGGGAAUCAAAAUCCUUUCCACAUCAUUUUCUUCCCCUAUAAAACAACCGUCACUCACUCCUUCUCUACUAUAACACACACUCGCUUGUUCACGCACAACAAAAAGCAAGAAUAUAUACCACUUUGUGAACUUCAGAGAUCCUAUAGCAAUGGCGAACCUACCGAUUCUUUUGGAUUACUGGCCAAGUAUGUUCGGGAUGAGGGCUAGAGUUGCGUUGCGAGAGAAAGGUGUUGAGUUUGAAUACAGAGAGGAAGAUUUCUCGAACAAGAGCCCUUUACUCCUCCAGAGUAAUCCCAUUCACAAGAAAAUCCCGGUUCUGGUCCACAACGGUAAACCGGUAUGUGAAUCUCUUAACGUUGUCCAGUACGUCGACGAGGCUUGGCCCGAGAAGAACCCGUUCUUCCCUUCCGAUCCUUACGGGAGAGCUCAGGCUCGAUUCUGGGCUGAUUUCGUGGACAAGAAGUUCACCGACGCCCAAUUCAAGGUAUGGGGGAAGAAAGGUGAGGAACAAGAAGCAGGCAAGAAGGAAUUUAUUGAGGCAGUGAAGAUUCUUGAAUCUGAGCUAGGAGAUAAACCUUACUUUGGUGGAGAUAGCUUUGGGUAUGUAGACAUUUCCUUGAUUACAUUCUCGAGUUGGUUCCAAGCCUAUGAGAAGUUUGGUAACUUUAGCAUCGAGUCAGAGAGUCCGAAACUGAUCGCUUGGGCAAAGCGGUGCAUGGAGAAAGAGAGUGUGUCUAAGUCUCUCCCUGACUCUGAGAAGAUUGUUGCAUAUGCUGCUGAGUAUAGGAAGAACAAUCUCUGAUUUGAAUAAUCUUGUUGUUCUCUUGUUGCUAAGCUGUGUUCUGUUUUUGUCUUUGUUUUUUUUUUUCCCCUAAUAAUGCGAGAGAGCCUUAGUGAAUGUGUGUUGUGGUUUUUAUGCAUCCUAAGUAUGGAAUUUAAAUAAAAUUUGUUUCGACUUAAAGAGUCCAAGUAUGAAGUCACAUCCUUUUCAAAAGAACAAACACAAGAAAAAGUUGGAAUUCUUUUUUCUUUUUCUACUUGUCUAGUACCGCGUAUACGAAAAUAGUAUAACACCCAGCAAUUAAUAAAGUAGAUGGCCACGUUACAAUC